AUGCAAACAAAGUUGGCUGAAUCUUCUCAGGUGAUUGGACCAACUGAUACAGUAGAUAAUGAUGAGCAGCCUAACAACGCCGUAGCAUUUGAUGAUCAAGCACAAGCUGAGGACAAUGACGAUGGCGAUGUGGACAUGAAUGACGCAGAAAAAGAUAUUGCUAUUAAUUUGAUCACCGAAUUAACAUCUUACAAUCCAUUGCUUCUGAGCGUGUACUGA